CCCCUAAACAACAGAUAAGAAAUGUUUUGAUUUUUUUCUCCAGAGUUUUAUUAAACAAAAACAUCUAAAAAUUUAAUAAAACCAUGAAAUUAGCCACAAAUUUAAAUCAAUUGUGGUCUAAGAAACGCACCAAUAGUGAUGAAAACUUGUGUACUUACUUAUUUUUUGCCGUGCUGAGGAUAGUGUUAGUAUUUAUACCCCAGUUGGGCUAUGUGCACCCCGAUGAAUUUUUCCAAACUGUAGAGGUGAUGAAUGGAGAUCAUUUUCGUUUGGAACAUGUUAGAACCUGGGAAUUUAACAACACAUUGCCUGUGCGCAGCAUAACCCUGCCUUUUAUUUUGUUACGAGUGCCCUGGAGUUUUUUGGAAUUCAUUGCUGUGUACUUUAAAGAACAUCUGAGCAUAGAUUUAUUGGUUAGUUAUACUUAUUUAGUAUUUCCUAGACUAAUCUAUUGUAUAUUGUCGUUUGUUAAUGAUUGGUCUUUGUAUCGCGUAUGCUGUUUGUAUAGUUUAAGAUAUGAAAUACGUCUAUUGGCUUUGGGCAGUAGUUGGGUUAUGUUGGUAUUCGGUACCCACACCUUUUCCAAUACGCUGGAAAUGGCGUUGUGCUCUUUGCUUUUGUAUUUGGUGGCCGAAUGCAUGAUUACCACAAAUACGGUGGUAUAUAAAAAAGAGUUUUUGGAGGAGAAAUAUGAUAAGGCUGCCUCUAUAGGUGAACGUGUUAAAAUAUGGAAACUUAAGACAUCCUUGCCGGCCCAUAACUUUAAUAGACUGUUUGCCAUGUCUUCUAUAUGCGUGGCGGGAGUGUUUAAUCGUCCUACUUUUUUGCUGUUCGGCUCGCCCAUGGUUUUCUAUUGGUUAUUGAGAGGCAUGGGCACUAAGACGGUUACGUUUACCGAUUUUCAUUUACGCAUGAUUUUGUUUUGUUUAAGUGCCAUACCAUGUACAGUCCUGUUUAUUUUAUGCGACUCUUUGUACUAUCAACAUUUAACGGCCGGAGAAAUACAAUCAAUGCAUAUAGGCAUAGAUAAUUUUGUGUUUACCCCUUGGAAUUUUAUCAAGUACAAUUUAGAUUCGAAGAAGACAGCCGAGCAUGGUUUACAUCCCAAAUAUAUACAUUUGUUUGUCAAUAUACCUUUACUUUAUGGCAUAUUGGGCAUUAUUGCCUUGGUUUCAUUUGCCCAUAUGAUGAUACGUUUCUUUCGUGCUGAAUAUCAGGGUCUACCCAGAGCCCAAAGUAUAGUGGGUCUUAUGUCGGGCGCCAUAUUUAUUCCCUUGUUCUUUCUUUCCCUAAUUAAUCACCAGGAGCCUAGAUUUCUAAUACCCUUUACAUUUCCCAUUAUAUUGUUACAUGGGCCCAAACUUUUAACCGGUUUUGCGGCUCAUUAUCCCUUUCGCAUAGAACAUCCUGGGCUAAGGUUUUUAUACGAUAAGUUUUUGUGUUCUAAGGUCUCCUCAAUGCAUGUCUUAAAACUAUGGUAUGUUGGUAAUAUAGCUAUGACAGUAUUCUUUGGCUUUGUGCAUCAGGCUGGGAUAUUUCCUAUGACCCAAUAUUUCGAACAGGCGGUUAAAAUGAAAUCAUCCGAUCAACAUUUUCAUUUAAUUACCUCUCAUACGUAUAUGGUGCCACUGUCCUUUAUAAACGUACCCAGUUCCCAGCUGGUACAUUUUAAUCGUCAAACCAAACAGCGCUAUAAGAAACAAAAAGAUUUCUAUCUUUAUGAAUACGGUAAUAUGGAUUUGAAAACUGUUAUUUCAAAACUUAAACUUAUUAUAGCAAACAAUGAAUUGAAAAAGGCAACAAAACGUUUGAGAUAUCGUGUUUUCUUGGCGCUGCCUUCCUCGCUAAGCGAUGAUCUCAAUUAUGUGCUGCAACAAAGCAAUUCCUCCUAUCUGUUUUAUGAUCUCAAACGUGUUUUUUAUCCUCAUCUAUCUACCGAGGCUUUUCCUGAAAUCCUAGGUCGUCAUCCGGGUAUUAUUGAUCCACCCCAUUGGUCUGAAGAUAAUCUUAAGGGUUAUUGUAGUUUGGAACAAGAGCCUGAGCUAACAUUCUCCUAUAUUAGUAAACAGUUUUCUUCGUUUGUCCAUCAAUUCGGUUUGGCUUUAUAUGAGUUUGAAUUGAAACGUAAUCGGCCCAAGAUACGGAAUUCUGUGACAAAUGGCAAAUGUUAUAAUUGAGUUUAGGGUAUGUGAAUAACUGUAGAUGUGAAUUUUAAACCAAAGAUUAAGUUUAGUUUUAGUUAAAAUAUUAGUUUAAUUUAUGAUCUUUAGAAAAAAGCCUUUGACAGAUAAUAAUAUACAUAGAAAUGAAGGAGAGAGCAAGCGAUACUUAAUAAAAAUUAUUCUUUUCUUACUUAUGGCUGCUAAAAAUAACAAUAUAUUCGAUUUUGAAAGUGAGACCUUUAAGCAUGGUCUUUCUAUGGCCUUUAAUUUCGAUUUGAAACAUUUUUGAUUCAAGACAUUCCAGUAAUCAUAUCAUAUGGCACUUUUUUUUUAAAUCUUUUUUAUAUUUUUGUUUUUAUAUUUGUAUUUUUUUCUUAUGAAAUAAUUAUAUGCUUUUUAUAAUGUUA